GGGAGGCCAGCCAGCCAGGAAAAGCUCCGCCAUAUUUCUGCCUCCACCACGCCCGGGAAGCCGAGCGAGGCAAGGCUACAGAUAGGCUCCGGCCUCCGCUCUCGCCAGAAGACCCACAGCCUGGCCCUCCUUGGCUUGCCCCCCUCCGCAGGGGAGGCAGAGAGAGGGCGAAAGAGAGAGGAAAGCAAGCGCUUCCCUGCCUCGGAAGGCAAAGCCCCCCAAACCCCACUGAAGCUUGUGAUUGUAUCCAAGGCGGGGAAGGCGUCCUUCUUUUCUAGGAAGCUUGUAAUUUCCUACAGAUAGGAUAGAGAUUGCGUGGAGGCAGGGCGCGAACAGUCCGCCUCCUGAGGCGGGGAAAGGAAGGAAGGCAGCAAGGAGGAAGGAAAGGAAGGCAGGAGGGGCAGCCUGGGCGUCCGCUGGCCCUGCGAAGGGGUUUCUCGGAGGCCGGGGCGAAAGAGGGCGGGUCCGAGGGGCGCCUGCCUGGGCUCCUCCUCCUCCUCCUCCUCCCAGUGGAUGCCUCCCUGUUGUUUGGCGCAGGGCUGAGGCUGGGAAGGAGGCGGAGGCUCGCCCGGAGGCACAGGGCCGGGCCAAGAGGAGGGACCCUCCUUCUCUUGUUUGGCUCCCCUGGUUGUGUUCCUUUGGGGGACGGGGCCCCCGCGCCUGAGCCACUGGGGAAGUAUGACCCUGGAGUCCAUCAUGGCGUGCUGCCUGAGCGAGGAAGCCAAGGAAGCGCGGCGGAUCAACGACGAGAUCGAGAGGCAGCUGCGCCGCGACAAGAGGGACGCCCGGAGGGAGCUCAAGCUGCUGCUCCUGGGUACAGGAGAAAGUGGCAAAAGCACAUUUAUCAAACAGAUGAGAAUCAUUCAUGGUUCAGGAUACUCUGAUGAAGACAAAAGAGGUUUCACUAAGCUUGUGUAUCAGAAUAUAUUCACAGCAAUGCAGUCAAUGAUCAGAGCCAUGGAUACACUCAGAAUCCCAUACAACUAUGAACAUAAUAAGGGUAAUGCACAUUUAGUUCGAGAUGUUGAUAUAGAAAAAGUCAAUUCCUUUGAGAACCCUUACGUAGAUGCAAUCAAGAGUUUAUGGAAUGACCCAGGAAUACAAGAAUGCUAUGACAGACGACGGGAAUAUCAGUUGUCAGAUUCCACUAAAUACUACCUUAAUGACUUGGACCGCAUAGCUGGUUCUGGCUACCUGCCAACCCAACAAGAUGUGCUUAGAGUUCGAGUUCCGACUACAGGAAUCAUUGAAUAUCCAUUUGACUUACAAAGUGUCAUUUUCAGAAUGGUGGAUGUGGGGGGACAGCGAUCAGAACGAAGAAAAUGGAUACACUGCUUUGAAAAUGUCACCUCCAUUAUGUUUCUAGUAGCCCUUAGUGAAUACGAUCAAGUACUUGUGGAGUCAGACAAUGAGAAUCGAAUGGAGGAAAGCAAAGCACUAUUUAGGACAAUUAUUACAUAUCCCUGGUUCCAGAAUUCUUCAGUCAUUCUGUUCUUAAAUAAGAAAGAUCUUCUAGAGGAAAAAAUAAUGUAUUCCCAUCUAGUUGAUUAUUUCCCUGAGUAUGAUGGACCUCAGCGAGAUGCCCAGGCAGCAAGGGAAUUCAUCUUGAAGAUGUUUGUUGACCUGAAUCCAGAGAGUGAAAAAAUCAUCUACUCCCACUUCACGUGUGCCACAGAUACGGAGAAUAUCCGUUUUGUCUUUGCUGCUGUCAAGGACACUAUCCUACAGUUAAACCUGAAGGAGUACAACUUGGUCUAACUGUGCCUCUUAGGUUUCCACCCACCUGUACCCCAAUUUGGGCAAUUGAAGAUAUUCAAGAGGGACUGUAUUAUCUGUGAAAAUGAUCCACAUAAUACUAAUUUAUUGCUGGCCUGGACUCUGUUAAUGUUCACAGAGUUUAUAGUAAAUAUUAUGAUUUUAUUUAAACUUUACAGGAGGAAAAAGAAACAAUGCUGAACUACAUUCACAGCACAUUUCCUCAUUUUUUUAGUCAAAACCUUGUGACUCAAUGUGUUUUAAAUCCUCAGUUGUGCACUCACAAACAGUAGGCUUGGGUUUGUUUUGUUUUGUUUUUUCUCAGUUAUUGGAACCGAGUUGUUCCUCUUGUUGUCUCUGUCUCUUUUAUGGGUUUUUUUAAGGUACAAUGGCCUUUUCCCCCACAUUAUGUUCCUUGGUUUCAUCUAUAGUAUUAUGGUCAGAAAAAAAAUUGUCACUUAGAAUUAAAGCCAUCAAUUGUUCUGAUUUUUCAGUAACUACUCUUUUUUUUAAAGGAUUAAACAUAUUGAUACUCUAAUUCUAUUUUUAAAUUUUGACAGAGAUGUCAAAAUACAUUUGCUUUUUGGUACUGUCUUUGCACUGAAGGCUGGGAGUGUUGUUCAGUGAGAAUAUUAAUUGUAGCAGUGUUAAAUGGAUUUUACCUUUAAUUGUAUCAUGGAAGCUCCGCAGAUUGCGAGAACACAGCAACAAACUACUAAGACAUAAAGGCAAUUCAAGAAGUAGAAUAGCUUUUGAGGUUUUGUUUUUUUCAGUAGCCAUGUGCCAUUACAUUUUUUUCUCUCUUCUUGUAUUCUCUUUUUCAUUUUCAUUUUUUUGUUCCCGUAAUCACAGAUGCCAAACAGAUGUCAUGGACACUACAAUAGCCUGGAAUUAUUAUUAGUAUUAGUAUUAUCAUUUUUAUUAAUCAGACUGGCUAGUUUUCUCACUGCAAUUUCAGACCUAUUUUAUUGUCUGCAAAGUUUCAUGUUGCCAAAUGGGGCUUUUCUUUUAUGAAAGCAUUCACUUUGAAGUGCAAGAUAACCGAUUUUAAAUGCCAAGAGGAUUGAUUGAGAAUUUGUUUCCGAUGACUGCCAAAUGUUUCAGCAAGCAGAUUUCAGUUCCCUCAUUUUCAGUGCCACCUUUCUCCAAAACAAAAGUAACAGCCGUGUGAGUGAAAAUGUUAUUUGGUGCUAUAUAUACACACAUUCAUACAGUCUAUUGAUUCAAGAUGGCAUAGGAUUGCACAGUGGGAUGGCUCCCCUUUCUUAAGGCACCUUGUACUGAAAAAAAUUGAAAUAACAUACACCUAAUGUGAUUCCCUAAUCAAUGGAUUGGGAGAUUUCUAAAUAAGACAAUUUCUUGAGAGCUUAUAUUAUUUAUGAAAUGGCUGAACAAACCAUAUUGGAAGGCGAAAGCUGCAGUCCUAUGCACAUUUACCUGGGAGCAAGUUCUAUUGAUCUCAGUCAGAAUUCCUUCUGAGUAGACAUGCAUAGGAUUGCACUGUUAAAUAUACAACAUUUUAACAAUAAACUUCUCGAAAAACACUGCACAGGCCUUGAUGAGCAUCUCUUUUUUGCAUCUGGGGUUGAGAUAAUUUUUCAGGUUUUGUUGUAAAUACGAUUGACAUUGAAUUGCAGACUUAUAUAUGUGGGUCGGAAGGGUCAGGCACAACAUUGGGCAAUUUUUUUUCUGAUUUCCACGGUUCCAGCACUUAAAUUCAAAACAUUGCUCUAUGGCAAUUUUUGGUAAAGGUGGGAUAAUGAGAAUGACUUAUUAAAUUUGUCACCAAAGUUUAAUAGUGGGUACAGCCGACUGAGCAUCUACUAAUGAUCUACUAAUGAGGUGCCCCUCACCCUUAAUAUUCUCCAUUAAUAAUGAAGAGUUGGACUGCUUUUUUUCUCCUUUGCUCAUCACGAGACAUCUUGUAAUUUUAAAAUGGUUGUAGGUAUAGUGCAAUUAUGAAUGCUAUAGUCAUUGUACAUACAUCUAUAUAUAUAUAUAAAUAUUAUAUAUAUAUAUAUAUGGCAGCAUCCAUACUGGCUUUGUAAUCAUUAACUUUUUUGGCAGAUUGAAUGUGCUGUAUCAAUAUGUAUCUAUGUAAUUGUAAUGUAUGUCUUAUAGAUAAUUCACAUUUUAAAUAAUGUUAUUUUAUUUACUUUUUCAAGAGAGAAUGUAAUUUUUUUGGUCUUUUUUCUGACUAGGUUUUUAAUUUUGUUUUAUUUACAAAAACAGUUAUUAUAAUGCAGAGCAGUACUGGUAUCAUGCUGUGUAAAAUCAUUGGAACAACCCUGAAUUAGUAAUGGGCUGAAAAUGCACCUUCAUACACACAGACACACACACGCACAAACCCUAAUGAAAAGUGGACUGAAAAUAAACGUUCUGAGCUUGAACUGACUUUUCAGUUCAACUUCAGAGGGAGGACACAGCUUUGUUGUAAACUGCUGGGUUGCUUUUAUUAUUUUGGCUGAUGAAAAGAAGGGCUAGGGUACCCACUCUGUUUCUUUCAUAAACUAUUAUGAUGUUUUUACCACCA